UGGGCUUUGAUUCGUAUGAUGAGUAGGAAUACGAAAAUAAAAGGGAUCCAUUUCAAGAUGGAGAGGAUUCAAAGCUGCCAGGGCCCAGUGAACCGCAGCAAGCAUCUCUCCAGCCAUGACCACCACAGCCAUCACCACCAGAACAGCCAGCAAAGAGUUCCCGUUCCCCCCGAUCACAAGUGCCUCCGUUACAGUCAUCACCACCAUUCCGUCCAGCAAAGAGAUCCUGUGACCCCCGAGUACAAGUACCUCCCCCACAGCCACCAGCCCCCCAUGCACCAUCACCCCAACCUACACAGCAGUCAGCUCUGCUCUCUUGGAAAACAGAGGAAGACCCGGACACUACUGCCACUGUGUCCAGUUUUCCAUCAACUCGGGCACCAGGGCCACCGCUCGGCUCCACCACCACAUAUACACCCUUCAACUUCUUCAAUUUUUUCUUCCCUGUACAAAUACUGUGUCAAAACACAAACCAUUGGGCUACUAAAAAGACAUCAUAGGGGAAGAAGUACAAAUGGACAGACUUGGAUGUAGGGGAUUUUUACAAGUACAUUGGGCUGCUUCUGUACAUGGCCAUGGUAAAAAUCGACAGUAUCAAUGAUUGCUGGAGGAAGGAUUACCUUUUUCUUUGGCUCUUCCAUCACAGACCAUGCCAUGGGACAGAUACAGAACAAUGUUUUGGAAAUUUCAUCUCAGCGACCCUGAUGAGGAUGUCCAUAAUGACAGAAAAAAGGGCACAGCCCAGCAUGACGGACUCAUCCGACUAAAACCCCUGAUGGACACCAUCAAGAAUGCAUGUCAGCAUGUGAGAGGAAUGGAUUAUGAGAGUGACAAGUGCGCCCGAGUUCUGUGGGACUAUCUAUGUCUUCAUCAACCCCUGGAAAAGAGUGACGUCAUAAUUGGCUUGGGUUGCCAUGACUUGCGUGUUGCCGAGAGGUCUGCUGCUCUUUUCUUGGAGGGUUGGGCUCCCUGGCUAGUUUUCACGGGUUACCUAGGCAACCAGACUGCAGGUGUGUGGACGAGAAGAGAGGCAGAUGUUUUUCUGGAGGUGGCGCUGAGGAUGGGGGUUCCCAGGAGGAACAUCUUAUUGGAGACAGAGGCCACCAAUACUGGAGAGAAUAUACGCUUCUCACACAGAGUCCUAAAAGAGAGCAACAUCUCAGCCUCCAGAGUGAUCAUGGUGCAGCAGCCCUUCAUGGAGCGCAGGGUUUAUGCCACCUUCCUGCGUCAGUGGCCUGACCUGGUGGGGCACAUACAUGUCAUUGUGACUUCUCCACAGAUGAGCAUCUGGGCAUACCCUCACCCCAGCGUGGGCACAGCUUCUGAUCUCAUCAGUUACAUGCUCGGCGUGGUGGAAAGAAUCCGUGACUAUCCUCAGAAAGGCUUCCAGGUGGUGCAGGAAAUCCCCCCCAGUGUUCUUUCUGCCUACCAUUGGUUCCUCCAGGCUGGCUACAGCCCAAAAUGA